GGAGCUGUGUGCGGCCGCCAUCGCCCAUACCAGCGGCACCGAGAGUGCGUCUGGCUUUGACCUCGGCUUCAUGCCAUGCGACGAGGCGGACAGCCAGCAGCUCUUCCAGUUCGUCGCCAAGCUGGGCGGCUUCGAGGUGCGGGUGGGGGCCAAGAACUGUCUGGACUCCGCAAGCGGCUCCAGCAUCCUGGUGUACCCCUGCUACGACGAGUCCGUCCACAACAUGAACCAGAUCUGGCACGUCGAGGGCGGCCGGCUGGAGUGGAAGGGCAGGCUCGGCCCCAGGUGCCUGGAUCUGGAGCUGCUGGAGGAGGAGCAGGACGAGUACGCGGGCGGACACUUCGCCCUGCAGACCUGCACGCCGAAGGAGGGGCAGAGGUUCCAGAUGCCGUGGCCAGGACGUCCUGGAAGACGGCACCUUCGUGCUGCGGGACCCGGACCUUGGAACCUGCCUGGG